CUACCUAUUAUAACGAGGUUACACAAUUUAGUCGACCUAACAUUCUGAUUUACUUCCACGAUUUUGGUGGAAGUAAUUUUCCAUUUAAAUCGGUUUUAAACCAUAAAAUUAUCAGUGAGAUUAGUUAAAAACAAAAUGGUUUUGACCGAAGACAUAACUUUGCCUGAAGAAUCGGAACUGACGGUGGAAGAAGUCAAUUUAUCCACUGCUACUUUGAGAGCUGGCUCCUUCCAUCUAGGAAAAUACUGUGAACAAGCUAACAAUGAAUUCAUGCUGUGUCGUUUUGAAGAAAAUGAUCCUCGUAAAUGCAUCAACGAAGGCAAAGCAGUCACCGCCUGCACGCUGGAUUUCUUCCGGAAAGUGAAGAAGACCUGCCUGGCGGAGUUCAACCAGUACACCACUUGUAUUGACAAGAGCUCUGGGGAUUUUGGACUGCAGCACUGCCGCAAAACCCAAGGUGUGUUUGAUGGGUGUAUGCUGGAAAAGCUUCAUCUUGAGCGGCCAUCGUUUGGCUACUUUACCGAGGCGAGAGUUCAUGCUACCAACAGGCCCAAGCCCCCCGUUGAAGAGAAGGCGGUAUACCCGGACGCUACUCCAGAACUUCCGGAUACAGUGGAAAGGAAACCCGCCAGAUUCGGUUCACGUUUCUACUGGAUGACGGAAUAAACAUUUUACAGAUGAUCCAAUCCACGAAGACCGUUUGGCUGUGUGUGUGAGUGCACAUGUACACAUUGUUACUGUGUGCGUGGCGCUCAGUGUCGACAGUAACGCCGUUUACGUCACGCACACAAUUAAAAUCAAAAUC